AUGAGGGUUUGGGCUGAUUACUAUCAAAUAUCAAUAACUUACUGGUGGGCUUUUUUCUGACAUAAUCGAGUAAUCUGUAGGCCCAAGCUUCUUAUCAUCCGAAAUCAAAGUCGAACCAUCGUUGGAAGGAAGAAGAGCAAACUUGGAUCUUGUUCUUGCCACAGGAGGAGAACCAAACGUUAACGAACAGAUCAAGCAGCAGCAGCUUGGCCAAUUUCAGAAAUCGCGAUCGAAUUCACAGCCAAAUCGAGAUGGGUUUUCUGGUAACUACGCUGAUUUUUGUAGUGGUGGGUAUAAUCGCAUCGCUGUGCACCAGAAUCUGCUGUAACAGAGGCCCCUCCACCAAUUUGUAUGCUUCCUCCCUAACCUUGGCUCCACUUCUCAUCUCCCAAUUGCAUUUGACAUUGGUAAUAACAGCAACAGUUAGCUGCUGGAUGAUGUGGGCUAUUGUAUAUCUUGCACAGAUGAAACCGCUCAUCGUCCCAAUCCUAAGCGAAGGGGAGUAGAAACACUCAAACAGAUGAAGAAGCCAGCCAGCCGAGGAUGUUACUGGAUUAUUAUGUGCAGUCUGUGGCCUGAGCGAUAUCUGAGUUUAGGGUGGGAUUUGAAGGAUUGGUUGCUGUCUCCAUAUUUUGAGAUCUGUGUGUGUAAUUUUAUCACUAUGUAACUUGGAAUUGGUUCUGUCUUCUCAUUCAAAUUCUUAAAAAGGGAAAUGUAGCACGUAAAACAAAACGAUUCUAUCAGACAAAUAUGAGCCUAGAGAUGUAUUUUUGGGUUAAAUAAUUAUAACUUCCCAGAAAGAGUGCCACUUCCAUUUAUGCCUGAACCCUUAUAUUGCUACUACUAUUAUUAUGUUUCUUGCUAG